CAGACUCCGCAACAUGCCAACACUGCACUAUGAGUUUCACUCUUAUGGGGAGCAAAUAAACAACAUUUUAUCCGACAAUUAUUCCCCCUAUUGCUGUGGAGUAAUCCUUCCUUUUUUAAACAUAUUAUCACGCAGUGUUCAUUUACCGGAUAAAAACUUUGAAGGGGGCAGGCAACUUUAACAGACUUGGUGAGAUCAGUUUGAGAGAUGGAGGCAGAGGAAAGCAAAAUAUCGGUGUGGGUGUGUAGGGAAGAGAAGCUCGUGUCGGGCUUGUCGAAGCGCACGACCUGCGCGGAUGUGAUCCGAGUGUUACUGGAGGAGCAGAACUUACAGCAGUGCGUCUCCACCGCGAUGCUCUCGGGCUCGCCACUGUCCUACUGCAUUGUGGAGAAAUGGAGAGGGAUUGAAAGGAUUUUACCGAACAAAACGAAGAUCCUUCGACUGUGGAGUGCGUGGGGAGAGGAACAGGAAAACGUCAGGUUUGUGUUGGUGAAAAACGAGGCAUCUUUACCCAGCAACGUGCCGCGGAGCGCAGAGGCGCGCGUAGUGCUCAGCAAGGAGAGCCCAUGCGUCUACAAGGGGACCGCAAGAGUAACCAUGGCUCUGUCACAAGAAAAACAAAGGCGGAUUGUUCGGAAAGCGUUCAGAAAGCUGGAUAAAAUCAAUAAGAAAAGGGCGCAGACUGUAUCCAAGGACGCAUCAUCUAUGGAGAAAAUGGAGACCCUUGUGCACCUGGUCGUAUCUCAAGAUCACACCAUCCGCCAGCAGAUUCAGAGGAUAAAAGAGCUCGACAGGGAAAUUGACAGGUAUGAGGCCAAAGUUCACUUAGAUAGAAUGAAGAUGCAUGGGAUAAAUUAUGUCCAGGACACAUAUUUAGUUGAUGCAAACUCAGAUCAAACCUCACUUGGUGAGGGGGACAAAAUGAGUUCUGCAGAAGCUCUCGCCCAGUUUGAGGAAUACUCUCAAAGAUGUGAGGAGGUCAUCAAACUGCAGGAUGAACUGGCUGAACACGAGGCUCUAAUGGAGAGUAUCACAACUGAGAUUCAAGAGGAACUCAAUCAAAGAUGGAUGAAAAGAAGGCACGAGGAACUUUCAAAUAAAGACUGUGAGACCAUCUCCGGGGAGGGACCUCUUAGAGUUACAAGUAAGACUCAAGAUAACGAAGCAGGACCUCCAAAGGUGGAUGUAUCUACCGAAAAUGACCUGCUUUUAGAAGAAGAGAGAAUCAGAACUCAACUUGACACGAGUUUGUACAUAGGUCUGCGCUUGAAUACAGAUUUGGAGGCUAUAAGGAGCGAUUUGGACUUGACGAAGGAGAUUUGGGGGACAAAAGAGAAGGAACUGAUGGAUUUAUUGGAGAAAGUGAACUCUUUGGAUUUUAAGGAGGAUUGCGAGGACACUGAUAAUCUUAAAGAGGCCGACACAAUAGAAACAGACACACUGAUGCCACUCAAGGGAGACAGUGUGUGGGUGGAGCAGGCAAGAGGCCUUUCAAAAACAUGCAACACUAAUGAUGACGAUUCUGAUACGGGACUCAGUUCAAUGCAUAGUCAAGACUCAGAUAUAACACCCGUCUGUGAAUCUUUAGUGUAAGAGAGGCUACAAAAAGCCAAAACACCCAGGUUAACUACUGACCACCAUUUAUCACUACAGCUUGCAUUCAUAUUAUCAUUUGCAAUGACAAAAUGUAACAUAUUAAGAAGAUAACAAUACAUUCGCCGUCUACGAUCAGUGUUCAUUUCACCUAGAGGAACAUUUGAGGUUAAAGAGGUUAACAUGCAUAUUUCAGCUCAAGGCAUAUUUGGGACCAAAUGUGAGUUUCACACUUUACACUGUAAAAACAAAUGUGCCGGAUGUGGUCACAUCAAGAUAAACUGGUUUUACUCAAGUACAAAUAUUCUUUAAUAAGACUAAAUCAAGCUCACAUAAGUUACACAAAUCAAGUUAUUAAAUAAAUGGAAAUAGCUCCUUAAAGGACCAUUCCUUGUUCAAUACAAGUUAAGCUGAAUUGACAGCAUUUAUGGCAUAAUGUUUAUAACCACAAAAAUAACGUAGACUCGUUACCUUAUUUUCUUUAAAAAAAAAAAAAAGGCAAAAAUUGAGGUUACAGUGUGGCAAUUACAAUGGAAGUGAAUGGGGUAAAUUUCUGGAGGGUUUAAAGGCAGAAGGUUGUGAUGGUUUUACAUUUAUAAAAGCACUUACAUUAAUUCUUCUAAUACAACCUGUGUAUUAUUUGAGCUGUUAUUUAAAUAAUCGUUUUUUCAGUCAUUUUAGGGUUUACUGCGUUGUCAUCAUGGCACCCAAGUUGUAAAAUUGGAUAUAACUUCACACAGACAAGGUCAGUACUGUAAGUGAUUUUGUCACACUAUAAUUACGUUAACACACAUAUUAUUUAUGUCUUGUAGCUCUACCUAUGAAACAGUGAGUAUUUUAAUGUUUACUGAUUGGCCCCAUUCACUUCCAUUGUAAGUGCCUCACUGUAACCCAGAAUGAUGUAGAAAUCAACAUUCAACUUCAUUUUCCUUUAAUGGGUUAUUUCACCCAAAAAUGAAAAUUCUGUUAUAAUUUAAUCCCCCUGGUGUUGUUUCAAACCAAUAAGACCUUUUUUUCCCUGUGAAAUUUAAGAGUAGUUUUGAAGAAUUUUGGCACUUCUUUUUUCCAUACAAUGAAACGAAUGGUGACUGAGGCUGACAUGCUGUCUAACAUCUUUUUUGUGUGUGUGUUGAUUGUUGUGAAAGAAAGUCAUACAGGUUUGGAACAACAUAAGUGUGAGUAAAUGAUGACAGAAUUUUCAUCUUUUUAUGGUAACAAAACACUAUUUGGCUUUUCAUACAUACAACUGGUAACCCAGGGUCACUUUGAACACAUAGUCAACAUAAUCCUGGGUUAUCUUGUUCCAUAUUCCACAUGGGUUACCGCAAUUCAGGGUUAGCACUUCUGACCUUUCAAAAUGACAACUUUGAAACAUUGCUCAGUGCAGGGUUAAAAGUGGCCUUUUUACGGUUACGGUUAAAUGUAUUGUGAAAAGCCAUUCUUAAUGGUUUAGUUCACCCAAAAAUGAAAAUUCUCUCAUCAUUUAUGCCACACUGGAUGUGUAUGACUUUCUCCUGCUGAGCGCACAUAAACAUUUUUAGAAGAAUACUUUUACUCUUUAGAAUCUUUCAAUGCAAGUGAAUGGUGACCAGACCUUUGAAGCUCAGAAAAUCACAUAAAGGCAUAAAAGUACAUACAUAAAAGUAAUCCAAAUGUCUCCAGUAGUUUAAUAUACGUAUUUCUUCUGAAGCAAUGAUAUCGCUUUGAGUGAGAAAUAAUCAAUAGAUUUUUUUUUUACUAUAAAUCUUCACUGUCACUUUCACAGAAUGUGAAAGUCAAAAUGGAGAUUUAUAGGAAAAAAGGACUUAAAUAUUGAUCUGUUUCUCACCCACACCUAUCAUAUUGCUUCUGAAGACAUUGGAUUAAACCACUUCACUCAGAUUUUAGAAGAGCUGAAAUAUUCUAAAAAUCUUCAUUUGUGUUCUACAGAAGAAAGUCAUACACAUCUGGGAUGGCAUGAGGGUGAGUAAAUGAUCAGAGAAUUUACAUUUCUGGGUGAACUAUCCCUUUAAGGCUGUGUCCUGCAAAUCAAUUAUGCCUUCAGAUAAAUAUUACAGUGUGGUUUAUUCUGUUUGAGUUGUACGAUUCAAGGUAUUUAACUCUAAGUAUGUUGAGUUAUGGCACUAAAAGAAAUGCCCUCACUUGCUGUAAACUUUAUUUUGAGAGGGACACAUGAGGCAGAAGAGAGUAUUGACACUACAUGGAUUUUUAUUCAGAGAUGUUAGCAUUUUUUUUAAUUUAUCCCCAUUUCUCCCAAUGUUGGAAUGCCCAAUUCCCACUACUUUAGUAGGUCCUCAUGGUGGCGCGGUUACUCACCUCAAUCCGGGCGGUGGAGGACAAGUCUCAGUUGCCUCCACUUCUGAGACAGUCAAUCCGCGCAUCUUGUCACAUGGCUCGCUGUGCAUGACACCGCGGAGACUCCCAGCAUGUGGAGACUCAUGCUACUCUCCGUGAUCCACACACAACUUACCACGUGCCCCGUUGAGAGCGAGAACCACUUAAUCGCGGCCACAAGGAGGUUACCCCAUGUGACUCUACCCUCCCUAGCAACCGGGCCAGUUUGGUUUGAAUUAGGCCCAUUCUUAACAUGGACUGAACAUGACAUUAUGAUGUCAGAUUCAGAGGUCUCUAUAAUUGUUUAUUUCAGUCAGAACUAUGUUUGUGGAAAAACUAGUUCAAGUGACAGAUCGCCAGAGGCAUUUUUAUCAGUAGAUAUGAGCUAUUGGAAGUCUGGAGAGGAUAAUCAUUUGGGAGAUUUUAUUAUACUGUACUUGAAUAGAGGACCAUGUAUUUAGAAUUGUACAGACAUAACUGUUGUGUAAUGGUUUAUGUUAAGAGACUACUGUAUAUAAAACAAUGUUAUCUAAUCAUCCUGUACUAAAUUGUCAUGAUAAUAUGUCAUGAAAAACAAUUUCACCGUGCAAAAAUAAUCUUCAUUUUCAUCAUUUGAUUUUGGGGUAAAUGGUGACCUGGACAUGUUUUGUGAGGAUAUCACUUGAGUAUUUUGAAGCAUAUAACACACUGAGGCUACAUUUUGCAUCACAAGCACACACAUUCCAGUGCUUGCAGUGUUUUUAAGUGUUCGGGAAAAUAACACUUACCACUUAUUUGUUCAGCAAAAUGUCAAAUUAGUGUUUCAUGAGCUUUACAAUCAACCCAACCUCAGGAAAAUGAGGUGUUAUGAAACAAUUACUGUUGCACCUGACCAACUAUCACGCAACUUCACCGCUCACAAUAUUUUCUCUUCGUUCCUUAUGUUUAACAGAAGGGGAUUGUUGUGGCAUACGCAUAUGUUGUUUCCCUGAUUGCAUAAUUGCAGCACUGUAAAUAUUGUUCAAACUAAUCUCACUCUGAAAGGUAAUGUGAGUGUAGUGUGAUCUGGGUAGGCAAGUUGCUGGUGGCAUAAAGCGUUACGCAACUCUCCUGUCCCAGAGCGAUGGCAGGCAGGGCACAUCAGGGAGGUCAGGUACAAAUUUUACACAGCUUUUCACAGCAGUUCAGCCAUUGGGAAAGCAGGACAUUUACAUAACACACACAGAUAACCUCCUCACGUGCUCAGCUCAGGUAUGCGGGGGCAAGGCUGGCACAGAAAGGCCAGUAUCAUGAAAAGGCAAAAGACUGCUGGCUCAUUCAUGCAGAUAAUUUUGCACUCUGUGGCAGUUUAGCAGGGUCAGAGCUACUUCACUCAACUCAAUAGCCCAUAGCUGUGUGAGACUGGAGUAAUGCUUUUGAGACACAGGUGGUGUAUUACAUACAAGAGGCUGUGCUGAUGGUUUUCAGGUUACUAAAGGACAUUUGGCCCUUUCUUCCCUCACCAAAAUGAUGACAGUACAGUGAUGGUACUAAUUUGAUACUUUCAGUGGUACUGAAAGGGUAACAUAUUCAUGGUUAUUACAUAGUAUUCCAAGAAACAUUAAUUUUUUAUAAGAAAUUGAAAAAUAAAUAUAUAAAUAAUUACAUAUAAAUAUAAUCCUGAUGGAACAUUUAACAUUACAUUUUUUUUAUUGUAUUAUAAUUUAAAUCUAUAAAUCAGCAGAUAAAAUACCACAGACAUUAUGUCACCUUGUAAGCAUAACACCCUGUUUACGCCGGGCACUUUGACUCGAACAUUCGAAACCAUUUAUUUGAGUUGUUGGCAGGAAUAGUGCCAGUGCAUGCGGCAUAAAAUGGAACAGGGCACCGGUUUACUGUCGGCACGACCAGACGUGCCACUACAGUGUAGACCGUAUGAUUGAUUAUAAUGGGAUUCUAUUGGGGGGUGGUACCACAUGCUUGUUGUAAGCUAGCACUAUUUUUCUUUCUCAUGUGUUGCCAUUAAGGAGGGAACAUUUUCAGGGAGAAAAAAACAUUUCAGGAAAAAAAAUUCAUAUAUAUACUGGCGGCCAAAUGUUUGGACUAAUGUACAGAUUUUGUUCUUAUGGAAAGAAAUUGGGACAUUUAUUCGUCAAAGUGGCAUUCAACUGAUCACAAUGUAUAGUCAGGACAUUAAUAAUGUGAAAAAUUACCAUAACAAUAAAAUAAAAAAAACUAUUCAGAACUACUUAAACUACUUCAAAGAUUUUUCAUAAACAAAAUCCUCCAUGUGCAGCAAUGACAGCUUUGCAGAUCCUCGACAUUCUAGCGGUCAGAUUGUCCAGAUACUCAGGUGACCUUUCACCCCACACUUCCUGUAGCACUUGACAUAGAUGUGUCUGUCUUGCUGGGCACUUCUCACACACCUUACAGUCUAUCUGAUCCCACAAAAGCUCAAUGGGGUUAAGAUCCAUAACACUCUUUUCCAAUUAUCUGUUGUCCAAUGUCUGUGUUGCUUUGCCCAUUCAAACCUUUUCUUUUUCUUUUUCUGUUUCAAAAGUGGCUUUUUCUUUGCAAUUCUUCCCAUAAGGCCUGCACCCCUGAGUUGGAUAUAACUUCACACAUUUACUGUUGUACAUGAAACUGGUGUUGAGCGGGUAGAAUUCAAUGAAGCUGUCAGCUGAGGACACGUGAGGUGUCUAUUUCUCAAACUAGAGACUCUGAUGUACUUAUCCUCUUGUUUAGUUGUACAUCUGGCCUUCCACAUCUCUUUCCGUCCUUGUUAGAGCCAGUUGUCCUUUGUCUUUGAAGACUGUAGUGACACUUUUCAAUGAAAUCUUCAUUUUUUUUGGCAAUUUCAAGCAUUGUGUAGCCUUCAUUCCUCAAAACAAUGAUUGACUGAUGAAUUCCUAGAGAAAGCUGUUUCGUUUUUGCCAUUUUUGACCUAAUAUUGACCUUAAGACAUCCCAGUCUAUCGCAUACUGUGGCAACUCAAAAAUAAACACAAAGACAAUGUUAAGCUUCAUUUAAUGAACCAAAUAACUUUCAGCUGUGUUUGAUAUAAUAGAAAGAGAUUUUCUAGCAUCAAAUGAUCAAUUUAGCAUGAUUACUCAAGGAUAAGGUGUUGGGGUGAUGACUGCUGGAAAUGGGGUCUGUCUAGAUUUGAUCAAAAACGACUUUUUUUAAAAUAGUGAUGCUACUGUUUUUUUUUACAUCAGUAAUGUCCUGACUAUACUUUGUGAUCAGCUGAAUGACACUUUGGUGAAUUAAAGUACCAAUUUCUUUCCGAAACAUUCUGUACAUUAUUCCAAAAGUUUGGCCUCAAGUGUGUAUAUACACCACCAGUCAAAAGAUUUGAAACGCUUACUUGUUCUUUAUUAUAAUUGUUUUUGUUCACAUUUUAGUAUACUAUUAAUGUCAUCAAAUCUAAGGAAUAACAUAAAUGGAACUAUGGGAAUUGUGUUGUGGCUAAAAAAAUAAUCCAAAAUAAAUCAAAACUGUGUUCUAUUUUAGCAUCUUCAAAUUAGUCACCGUUUGCCUAGAAUUUGCAGAAAUGUACUCUUGACAUUUUCUCAACCAACUUCUUGAGUUUUUUUGAGGAUGCUUUUUAAACAGUUUUGAAAGAGUUCCCAUCAAUGUUGGGCACUUAUUGGCUUAAUUAUUAUUCUGUCCAAGUCAUCCAUUUCAAAAUCUUUUUUUUAUUUUUUUUAUUAAAUUUUAGUUUAAUAUUUAGUAAUUAUUAUGGUGGCACAAUUAUAUUUUUGUCUACAAAACUAAUUUCAGACAUUUAAGCAUACACCUUCAGACAAAAAUAUUUUCAAGGUCAUGAGAAAUGUUUCAGUCAAGUGUUUCAAAAGUUUUGAACGGCAUACUUUACGCACAGAGAACAAAAAAACGCUGGAUGAAGUGGAAUAUUUGCCUAAAAUCAAUUAAAACAAAAUCUGCAAAUACAUCCUAUCUUUUGCCGGAGAUGAGGAAAGUAUUUCUCUCUUACAGGAAGUCAACACCAACUCGUGCAGCAUUUGAAAGAAUCACUUCAUGUAAAGACAUUUUCCAACCUAAAAUCUAACGGCACAUGAGAGCACUUACAGUAUAUAUAUAUAUAUAUAUAUAUAUAUAUAUAUAUAUAUAUAUA